AUGUGGGCGAGGCCGGUGGGGACGGCCGAGCCGUGGCUGCUCCUCGCUGGCCCGAGAGUCCGCUGGUCGCUCGCCGUGCUAGCGCCCGUGGGCGGCCGCAUGGAAGAGCCCGGCCCGGGGAGCCUCGAGGCGGGGGACGCGCCCCCCGCGGCCAAGAGACGGCGGCUGCUGGCCGGGGAGGAGAAGCGGCCGGGCCGCGGCGAGCGCUACGUGCCGCCCCCGAGGAAGCGCAACCCCGGCGUGAGCUUCAGCGAGACGCACUUCGCCGAGACCCGCUACUACUUCGAGGGCGGGCUGCGCAAGGUGCGGCCCUACCACUUCGACUUCCAGACCUACUGCAAGGGCCGCUGGGUGGGCAAGAGCCUGCUGCACGUCUUCAGCACCGAGUUCCGCGCCCAGCCCAUCGACUACUACCGGGCCGCGGCCCGCGCCGGCCGCCUGCGCCUCAACGAGCAGCCCGUGCGGGACCUCGGCAUCGUGCUCAAGAAUAACGAUUUUCUGAGGAAUACAGUGCAUCGCCAUGAGCCUCCAGUCACUGCUCAGCCUAUCCGGAUCUUGGUAGAGAAUGACGAGGUGGUUGUCGUGGACAAACCCUCAUCUUUACCUGUACACCCAUGUGGCAGAUUUCGACACAACACAGUCAUCUUCAUCUUGGGCAAAGAGCAUAACCUGAAGGAGUUGCACACUAUUCACCGGCUUGAUCGCAUGACUUCUGGUGUGCUUAUAUUUGCCAAGACUGCAGAAGUGUCUAAGAGGAUUGAUGAGCAAGUUCGGCAGAGACAGCUGGAAAAGGAAUACGUCUGCCGUGUGCUUGGGGAGUUUCCAGAAAAUGAAGUGACCUGUGAGGAACCCAUCCUGGUUGUUUCUUACAAAGUGGGGGUGUGUCGUGUGGACCCCAAAGGCAAAUCCUGUAAAACUGUCUUCCAAAGGCUUAGUUAUAAUGGCAAGACCAGUGUGGUCAAGUGUUUUCCAUACACGGGUCGCACCCACCAGAUCCGGGUCCAUUUGCAAUUCCUGGGAUAUCCAAUUGUUAAUGACCCCAUCUACAAUAUGGAGGCCUGGGGCCCUACUAAGGGUAAGGGUGGUGAGAUUAAUAAAACCGAUGAGGAGCUUCUCAGGGCUUUAGUGGAAGAACAUCGUUCCAAACAGAGUUUGAGCAUCUUGGACAUUUCAGAGGAGGACCUGAAGCCCAUUGUGGGAAAUGAAGAAUGUGACCGUUCAGGUUACUGUACUAAGCCAGUUGAGAUUACGCCCAUAAGCACAGACUCCUGCAGAACUGAGGUCUCUAAGGAUCAGAAAGAAGCUGAAAUACUGGCUUGUUCACCAAAUUCUGAUACCAGACCAGAAACACAUGAAGCAAACCCUGAAGGAGCUAGUUCAAGUGGGAAUCAGGCUGGAGAAAACCCUGAAGGAGCUAGUUCAAGUGGGAAUCAGGAUGGACAUACAGAAGAAAAGGACCCUCUGUGUGAAGAGUGUAAAAUAGUAAGGCAGGACCCAUCUCCUAGGGAGCUGGUGAUGUACCUGCAUGCCUUACGCUACAAGGGAGCAGAGUUUGAAUACAAUUCCAAGAUGCCAGACUGGGCUCUAGAGGACUGGGAUGAGAGCUAAGAAUAGAUACUGAGACUCUUGUGUUUCAUUUUAGUUUUGUUGGAAGGAAAGUAUUUGGUAAAGUCCUGAACUUGUGUGGUAAAAAUAUCUCAUUGGA